AUGUCUUUAGAAGGCUCCAACAAUGCAAAUGAUAAGUCGGUCAACACAAAGAGGUUGUCUCUGAUGCUAGAUUCCCUGCAGGCCAACGUGUCUGACAGUUCUGACGAAAGGGCAGAGACGGUAAAACCAUCAACGGUUGAACAAGGGCCUAUUUCCAAUAUGUUGCCACCGAAUAAUGGCAUGUAUUCUGUAGCUAAUAGGUCAAGUUUUAUCUCGAGCUAUAGUGGUGUGGUUGAGGAAGGUAUCGCGGUUUCGUUUAUGAAUAAUACCAACUCUGGAUCAGAACGAGACUCCAAUUCUACUUUUGGAAACAGUUCUGAGACUGUUCAGAAAAUUCCUUUGUUACCCACAUUGCCUUUACAAGAGAAUGUCAAUAGUUUCAUACCAAAGGAGAAAAAAUCUGGAUCUCAACAAGUGAAAAGAUUUGAUUCAUUACCAUCGACCCCUUCCCCAACACAGCUGGAAGCAAUAACGGUGCAGAGAUAUUCAUCGUUACGUUCCAGUAAAUCAAACAAAGCUUCUAACAACCUGAAAACAAUUCUAGUAGAACCAAGCACACCAACAGCAAGCAAAAAUCAAAUACCAAUAAUUCUGCAAUCGCCACAAGAGGAUACUGCAACUCAAAUGCAAAAGGAGGAAGAUAAGGAUGAAAGUGACGACUCAAUCCCUGAAAUAAGAAUAACGUCUAGAGUUAGCGACACAGAUAUGGAAUCUGUUUCGUCUAGUGUGUUAGAGCCAUUGCUCACUACAGUUGAAAGGGCCAACUCAGGAAAAGAUCCUAUCCGUUCAGAAACUAAUGAAUACAACCCAUCUAUCCCACCAAGAAACUCAAGAAGACCAUGUUCCAAAAUACAUGUUCCUGAAGUGCUUGUAGAAAAUGUAGAGAGUGAAACUUAUGGCCAUGCCGAUGCUCCAAAUUCUGAUGAAAUUCUAUCCCAGGAACACUCUAAACACCCCCCACCUUCAUCAAUACAAGCAGAAGAUGCCCCUGUUCAAAGAAAUCUUGGAACAAUUGAACCUUUUAGUCAAGUUGAUCCAGACGCAUUGUCAAGAAUGAUCAGUUUCACUAAUGGGACACUAGUUAGUUCAGAGUUCUCGAAACUAGAUAUGCAGAUGGAGGAGAAGAAAGUCCUUGAACAACUGGUGGAUGCGUUGACAAGACUUGCUGCUGACAUGAUAUCUGAUCCAGAACGUUUUGAUGAAGGAAUACGAAGAAUGGAUAAAGCAACAAAAGAUUUAGAAGGAUUCUCUGAACAUAUAUAA